AUGAGCAACACAAAGAAAGAAAAUACUAGGAAAACAACACCAUUAUUCAAGUAUGGUGAAAGAAGAUACUUUCUGGUGGAAUUUAUUGAGGACAAUGUUAAGUUUAUUGUCGAUGAAACCGAACUGAGAAAGGAAGACAAUACAACUUCAGCAUUGCACCUAGACAAAAAUUACUACCCAUGUGUGAUGAUUGAACUGUCACUAGGAAGAUGUAUUUACAUCUAUGACAGCCAUCUUACCAAGGCAUAUGCAAAGAAAACAGCAACGGCAACAGCUUGUUUUCUGCUAAGCUGUUUUUUCAGAGAUGAUGAGCUUGUAAGGAGGAGUCUUGGAGGAAAAAAUGGAAAACAGUGUGUUGAUACAGACAUUCUUGAGAGCAUCUUGAGUUACACAAGAAAGAAGUUCCCAGACAUGACAUCUGAUAGUGGGGUCGAAAUAGCAUUAAGGAACAGGAUAACCAGUCUUGAAGCUAAGUUUAAAAUAAAGACAGUCCAAGUCGUUGAUUAA